GUUGGACCGGGGCACCGUAGCCAGGGUCCCACACUCUUUGGCGGGCUGCAUGGACUGAGCCAAUUCGGUGUGGAAGAUCUCCUGGCUGUGGCGUUGUGGCUAAUCCACCUUCGCAGCUCCAGUAGUCAGUCUGGAGUCCUUCUGGAAGCAGCUUUAAGGAACAAGUCAAGAACUCAGACUCUCAAUGUCUUCGCUGAUGCUCCUUUGAGGUACCCCCAAAUCUCUGACCACAUCACCCUGGACCCCCGAUGCGGCUGCCUGAGCAACCUGGAGAUGGGAAGCCUGAGAAUGAGACAAAGGGGGACCAAGAAACCCCCGAAAGGGGAGAGGAGCCACGGAGAAGCCCAGCCCCUGACUUCCCCACCUGGGAAAAGAUGCCGUUCCACCAUGUAACCGCUGGCUUGUUGUACAAGGGGAAUUACCUCAACCGAUCUCUGUCUGCAGGCAGUGACAGCGAGCAGUUGGCUAAUAUCUCCGUGGAAGAACUGGAUGAAAUCCGAGAAGCCUUCCGUGUUCUGGACAGAGAUGGCAACGGCUUCAUCUCCAAGCAGGAGCUGGGCAUGGCCAUGCGCUCCUUGGGGUACAUGCCGAGCGAAGUGGAGCUGGCUAUCAUCAUGCAGCGUCUGGACAUGGACGGAGAUGGGCAGGUAGAUUUUGAUGAAUUCAUGACGAUUCUUGGGCCCAAGCUGGUGUCAUCAGAAGGUCGGGAUGGCUUUCUUGGAAAUACGAUAGACAGUAUCUUCUGGCAGUUCGACAUGCAGAGAGUCACUCUGGAAGAGCUGAAGCACAUCCUGUACCAUGCCUUCCGGGAUCACUUAACAAUGAAGGACAUUGAGAACAUUAUCAUCAACGAGGAGGAGAGUUUGAACGAGACCUCGGGAAACUGCCAGACAGAGUUUGAAGGAGUUCAUUCGCAGAAACAGAACCGACAGACCUGUGUCCGCAAGAGCCUCAUAUGCGCCUUUGCCAUGGCCUUCAUCAUAAGCGUCAUGCUGAUCGCAGCCAACCAGAUCCUGCGGAGUGGCAUGGAGUAGGAUAGCAGCCUUCCACCAGCCACACCGCGUUGCCAGCUCACUGCGCAUGUGCAUGCCCCGCGGGCAGACUCUGUUCAUUCACACAGGAGAUCUGGACCUUUAUGGAUGGAUGCAUUGGUACCCUUCAGUAAAGAACUCAAGUUUGCAGUGCAACCGGGGUCACGGAUCAACUCCAUCUCCUUGGCAGGGACACAAAAGGGCUGUCUUCAAUGCUUUCAUGGUUUUGUUUCCCAAUGCAAUAAAUAGCCAGGAGUUCUCAAUUAUUGCUUCAACCGCCAGUAGCAACUCUGAAGUGGGGGGAAAAAUACUGCUUUCUUUUCGUCUUGGAAUUCCAGUAGCCAUCCAGAUAGCAUGGUGGCCUCUGAGAGCGAGAAAGAAAAGACAGGUGUAAGCAACAGUCACCUCUAUCCAUGACCCAAUUCUUUCAACCCAGGGACCCACGGAGACUCCCUGCUGAAGUUGACUUCUGGGUUGCUACAGAAAAGGGGACUUUCAAUCUCACCCUGGCUUCCUUCCUCCACCCAGUGGAGACCCCUCCCACCAAGGCAUGGAGGGGGAAAGCCAUUAAGCAGGGUGCAGCUCCUUGCCGUCCCUGCUAUUCUUUAUCGCCUUUUCUACAGGACGCUUGUCGGUAGAGCUGGGGCACUCUCGGUUGGUUUCCAUGGCUCUUGGCUUUCUGUUUCUGAAGUCCAUCCCGCACCAGCAUCUUGGAAUCUGCAGAGAGCCUGGCUCCCAGCUUUCUUGCCUGUGCUGCCAAUAGAGAAAAGAAAAAAGAAAAAAAAAAAAGAAAAAAAAUCCAUAACCUGUGUCUCUAUAAUCCAGACACGUAGACAGAUAAGAGACUUUUCCACGCGUGAUGCUAUUCUCCCCAAAUUGCUUACUUUGGACAUGAAUUUGUUCUCUAUCUCACCCCUAUCUGUGCUUCUUUAGAGCCGAGGGUGAAGUAACUGAGGUAGGGGGAAGGAUUGGGUCUGGCGGCGAGGAGGCCCACACCCCAGGCAUCCGAAGUAACAGAGCCCCUCUGAGUCGCCAUAUUUGACAACAUCUGUAAGUUAAGAUUGGCCUACAUCUAACCUUCCCCUCACCUUGGACUUCAUUAGCAAGCCUUUCCCCAGCUAAGAAAAGGAGACCUAGAAGCUUGAAGCAGAAAUAUGGAAGGAUCAAAUUGCUGUAUUUUAUUUAAUAACUCAUGAUAUUCAGGUUGUGCCAAUGACUCAUUAAAAAAAAAGACAGAUGCUAAUGGGCAUGGCUGAUAGGGCAGAGACUUGAUCGGUGUUCUGAUCCCAGAACACUUACACUGGGGCAGAGAACUGAAUAUCUGGGUCUGUUUUUAGUAGCAGGCCAAGACUCUCAUUUCUUCAACUUUUCCUGGAUUCAUUAUGAAUUUAAGCCCCAGUGGUCAGAUUAGCCGGUCAUCUAUAGACGUGCUAACUCCCUUUGUAUUUUUUUGACCCCAAGUCUUUAUCUCUGUAACAAAACUGUCCUACUCCAACUUCGGAUCUCAGCCGGAAGAUCCCCAGUUCCCCUUCCUCUUCCCUUCCCCUUUCCUCCAGCCACACGGAGGUGCCAGCAGCUUUGCUCUCUAUAUUCUGCUGGGUAGGUUUUUAUGGUGCAAUGCAUAUCCCUCUAGCCUCCUUUCUCUCUCUGCUCCCUCCUUACGUACUCCCUUCUUAGACUUGGAUCACGCAAGGUCUCCAUAUAGGGUCUUCCUCCAGUUCACCUCUACGUGCUCUCCAUAGAGUAGUAUGGGGGCAGCUCUAGAUAUUCUCCCACUGUAGGGUGUGGAUAUUCACCAAGAGCACAAGUCAAACUAGGUUUGAGCCAUAGCAUAGAGAGGAGGGAGCAGGUCGGAGGUCCCAAGAAGCCCAAGGGGCACAGAGUCACUUCAUAAAACUGCCUGGAGUCUGGAACAUCCGGGCAGCAGCCUGCCUUCCCUUCUUCCGGUGCCCUUUGCAAACCUGCCCUUUUUGCUUCUUCCCUAGGCUGAGUCACCAUGUUCCCCUUAGGACCAGACUCCUGAACUAGAGCAGGCAGAGACACAGAAUCUUAAUACACUGCACAAUGUUCCACCCCUUUUGUUUCUUCCUGGAGCAAUCGCCUUCUUUCUGCCAGACAUGCGCAAGAAGGCAAGCAUAGCUGGUAGCAACUAUUUCCCUACUAUCAUGUUUCCCUACUAUUAGCUGGGGUUUGAACCUCCAAACUGCCCCCUCCUGGGAGUCUGGUGGGAAGAUCCAGAUAGUGCAGGCCUUUAAAGGACCGGAAAGCAAUGGAUACCAUGCCACAGCUGAGAUCGGCUCUCAAGGUGAAACAUAAGGAAUUCUUCAAAUGUUGCUUUUCUGCAAGAUCUGCCCCAAACUGAAGGAGGUGGAUCCCAAAAGAUCUAUGGUUUAGAUUUCAUCAGCAAUAAGCAGAGAUGUGAUAAAAGCCUGUUCUCUACUGACAGGACUAGGUGGUGGUGGGUCCUGACAAAAUCACACCAUGAGACAGGUCUCACGUGGGAGGGUUUUUAUGAAAGAGGAGGGGGCACAGAGAUGGGCUCUGGAAGAAAAAGAAAAGAAGAGAGCGGGGGAAGAAAGUGGCUUUUAUUGGGGCCCUGGUGCAUGUGUAAGGGGCCAUGCAACAGGGACGACAGCUAGUGGUGACAUUUUGUCGUGGGGGUCCCUCGAAAGCUGGCUAUAAAGAUGCCUGAUUGUCGCGGUGUCACUUUUGGCUGUCCGUGAACAUGCCUGAUUGCUAAAAUCUACAAGGGUGUGAGCACCAUCUCCCAAUAUCAUGGAAGGAAAGACAUGAAAGAAGCCAUCAGAUUCCCUAUGACGGUCCAUAAAUUAUUCUCCCAGCAGCCUCCGCAUCCGAGGCACACAGGAACUGAAUGCAUCAGUGUAAGAAGUCUGGUCUAGUGAUGUCCUUUAGACUUAGGGGGCUAAGAGUGCACUAGGGUGAUCUACUCUCUAGCUGCUUUGCUUGUGUUAUGCCUUUGGUAUAUUUAGGGUGUUGGGCUUCUUUUCCAGGCAGCCCUAUUGUCAGACCUGUUCACAUAAAUGCUACCCCGAGGUUCCCUGUCACCUAACAUCCUCAUGAAGGUAAUUGGGGAGUAGUUGGUUGGCUGAUGGGUCCAGAAAGUUCUGCUUCCUCUUGCUCAAGGAAAGCCACACAUGGGCAGCUGAGACACCCUCUGAAGGAGAGGCAGGAGCUCAGCCUUUGCUGCCUGGCCUGUGACUGGACUUAGGAGACAGUGACUGAGGCAGGCCAGUCAUGAGAUGACUCAGUGACUGGCUCAUUCUUGCUGCCAGCUCAGCUCCACAUCCCCAGACCUCCAUGAAUGACAGACACCAGGACAGCAAUUUACCUGGGACAGAAAGACAAGCUGACUCUCAACCCUUUAACUUUCAAACAAACCAUUCCCUCACUGUCCCGGAUGUAGACUGAGUCCCUACACUGGAACUGUUAACAGCGACUUCCAGAAUAUGUGCAAGUUCCAUGUGAGAUCUAUAAGAGGUUGCCAAGGCAACCGUGGCAUCUACCCUGAGCUUGCCAAGGCACAAACAGAGGGAACACUUAAAGAACACUCUAGGC